UCCUCUCAUCAGUCUUUUGUGUGUCACACCCCCUUCCUUGUUAACCUACUAGUACUACUCCUCCAUCCUCUCCCCUGUUUCCAUUUCUUACCCCCCACCCCCUUUCUCCCUAUACCCAGUCCCAUCACUGACCCAAUUAAGCAUGGGGAGGGACACAGCAGUAUGAGAGUGACGGAGGUAAGGCGAGAAAGAGAGGGAGGACAGGCAGGGAGUGGAGACACUUUGAGAUUCAGGAGCUGGAAAACCAGAGAGAGUCAGAAAACAAUUGCCAUCAACCUGCCAGGACACACACGGUGAAUUGUCCGAACUUUACCUGGAACUUAAACAACCCCUGACAGCCUCAGAGGAGGCGGGGGUGGAGGAGAGGAGCAAGUCGACAUUCCUGCUGCCAGGCUCGUACCGCUCUCAAAGAAGAAACGAGGAGAAUAACAAUCUACCUUCAGUGAAGCGGGCGGGGAGCUGUGUGGAGUUAGGAUGGCCGAACACCGGCACAUAGAGGGAGACUGAAAGGAGGGACUGAGGAGACGAAAGGAGUGCAUCCCUGGUUGGAAGCCGACGGGGAGGGGGACGUGGUUGCCCCGAGGCAAGAGAAAGAUUUUUGUUGAAAGGAACAGAGAGAGAGGAAAGGGGGGGAAAGGAUGCAUCUGUUCUUUCAUGACAAGUGGGAGGUGGAGGGGCUGCAGACUGUGGGCAUCCUCCUGGUGGUCUGCAGCUCCCUCAAACUGAUGCACUUUCUGGGGCUUAUCGACCUCUCCGUGCAAGACAGCGUGGAAGAUGACUUUGAGUUAUCCACUGUGUGCCAUCGCCCAGAAAGCAUGGACAAGCUGCAGGAGCAGACUAAGUUCACCAAGAAGGAGCUGCAAGUCCUCUACAGGGGAUUCAAGAAUGAGUGUCCAAGCGGUGUGGUGAAUGAGGAGAACUUCAAGACCAUUUACUCCCAGUUUUUUCCUCAGGGAGAUUCAAGUAUGUAUGCACAUUUCCUGUUCGAAGCGUUCGACACUAACAAGAACGGCUCGGUUAGUUUCGAGGACUUUGUAUUUGGCCUGUCUAUCAUCCUGAGAGGGACCAUUAAUGACCGGCUAAACUGGGCAUUCAACCUCUAUGACCUGAACAAGGACGGCUGCAUCACCAAAGAGGAGAUGCUGGACAUCAUGAAGUCCAUCUAUGACAUGAUGGGGAAGUACACGUACCCCACAAUGCAGGAUGAUGCUCCUAGAGAACACGUGGAGAGCUUUUUCCAGAAAAUGGACCGAAAUAAAGAUGGGGUGGUCACCGUUGAGGAGUUCAUCGAGUCAUGCAAAAAGGAUGAGAACAUCAUGCAGUCCAUGCAGCUGUUUGACAACGUCAUCUAAGAAUCUGGACCAGUGACGACACUGGCGCCAGGGAGGGGAGUGUGUGAAGAGGAAUCAGGGUUGAAGAGAGAGAAUGAGUUUGUGAGUGUGUGUGUGAAAGUGUGGCCGUCUUCUGACUUGCGAGCUUGUGUCUCUGUUGAGAGCUGUGAGUCCUGAGGGCACUGAGAGGCCCUCUCCCUCUACCUGGAUGCCCAGUGGCAUUUCUCCAAGCAACAAUGGAGUUUCCCCAACUCCCAUCCUCAUCAUGCCGAACCUUAGUUUUUAUCCCAGAGACACAGAGAAAGAAGGCGAGCAGUGAGCUGACAGCCGCUGGCACACCCAACACACCCCACCUGUUUUAUUUGAACUCUUACUUAUUACUAUUACCAACGGAGGAACUAUCGCAGCCUCUAAAUGGCUGAACUCAGAGGAAGGAGGUUGCCCUGAAACCUUGAUCUAAGAUCAUGUUUCCCCCUUUUCUCUGUGAUGGCUACGAUUUGGAUUCACGAAUCUAAACCUGUCUCUGUAUAUGUGGGUAACACCUCGCUGGAGCCCCGGCCACAAAAAUAGAAAUGAAUCUAUGGCCACCUGGUGGACGAGAGAGAAAAAGACACUUCCUGAGGGAACAACUAGGAAAUUGGAGACCCAAGUGGUUCUGUUUUACAGAUGGAGGUUCAAACGUGUUGUUUUCCAUGAGGAACUGAUUUCAAUAUCGCAUGAUGAUGUCACUAAUAUCUAAUUAUGUAUUUACAGAGAUACUCCAAAGUCCGCUCGUCUGUCUGCUGUUCCUAGUCAUUCACAGGUGCCUCACCCUUUGUGUACGUGUGUGUGCAUGUGUAACAGAAAGAUGUCAUCUAUCUUACCUACGUAAGACUCUAGUGGGGCGACACCCACCUCCAUUCAUGGGAUUCUGGUAGAAUAAUUCCUGGCCUUCCAAACUAUUACAGUCCUAGCAGUAGUCGUCUAUUGACUGUUGUACAUUUUCUAGCAUUCCCAGUGGUGUCAUAUUAGGCAGUACAACGUGGGGAUUGCACUGUAGUUGUUGAGCUGCUUUCAGUGCGGUACCGGCAUACCACAGUCUGUCAAUAUGCAUUCAAAGGGAACUUAUUAGAUUGCAGAUCGUAUUUGUGAACUUCUUGUAAUCAGAAAUGUCAUGUGGUUGUAGCAGGUUCUGCCACUUCACAAGAAAAAUCUUAAAAAUCCCUGUUGCAUUAAAUUAGGCUAAUUCAAUUUCAAACAGCUAUAGAAUGUGUGUGUGCAUCAUUAGUGAGAGAAAUGGUUUAUUUGCAUUGGUUUUGUUAUUUUAUGGCCCUCGCAGUGAGUCCCUGCUCCCAUUCCUUACUCUCCCUCUCUCUGCAACACCAAAGAGCAGAUAUAAAUUGAAGAGGUACUCUAAGAGAUAAAGCCCACCCGUGGGUGAAGAGAGAGGGAGAUACUGUGUAUGUAGUGAGUUGGACAAGGGGCAAUCAGAGAUAAUCAUAUAGACCGGCUAUGUGGUUUCUGCACACUGUCCAUACAGAAAUGUCAUUUUAGGUCGUUAACCAACACACAAGGCUCUAAUGAAUGACUUACUUUAGAACAAUUUGCAACCACUUAUUCAUUUUCUUCUUUUCACACUCAAACUACUCUUAGAUCUAUGAUGAUGUUCGUACGAGAGACCUUCAUGCCGUAAUUAGACCGGCUGUUGUGUCUUUCAAAUGAAUAGCAAUAAUGUUUCCGACAACAGAACCUUUCCUCUCAUUCCUCUCAGAGCACAGUGUAAGGGCACAGGAAAGCCCUGAUGAAAAUAUGCACUUCCAACCCUGCAGUUUCUUCUGUUUCUGUUGAGCAUUUUUUAUGUUCUAGGGGGAAAAACGCAGUUUGGCUCUGAUUGUUCCUGCCCACAACCUUAUUUUCUCUCGUUAUUUUCUUGACUACAAGUAAAACCUGUCUAUACCCGCAUGUACUGUGUCUAGAACAAUGAAAACCUACUAACCCGUUGUACUGACUGUCUAGUUAGCUAGCAUCAACUGGUUGCAUUACAUAUUCGAAAUGUGUAUAUUUUGUACAGAGACAAUAAAAAUCACAGUUACUAUGCAAA